AUGUGUUGGAUAGCGAAAGAGCGAGUGGGUGAUGUAAAAAUUGACGUUUUUGAUGCAGUAACGAAAUUCUCCGUAAUUCUGGACAUUGGUUGCGGAUCGGGAGAUCUGACUCGUCUCAUAGCCCAAUUAAUCCCGCACGACAUCAUCAUCGGCAUCGAUAAUGACACGAAUAUGGUCACGUUUUCCGAAAAUAACAACCCCACUCCGGAAACAAUCAGCUACGUGUGUCAAGACAUUUCCCAGCCGUGGUAUCAACUUGCCCCCGAAUUAACCCGACUCGCCGGACAGGUGGACCUAAUCCUGUCCAACAUGACGCUUCAAUGGGUUACGGACAUUGAGACGGUGUGCAAAAACUUUGAAUACCUGUUAAAACCUUGGGGUGCAUUUUAUCUUUCUGUUAUGGGCAUCAAACCGAUCUCAAUUUCGCGAGAAGAACAAUUUUUAAAGCGGCAAAAAAGUAUUGCGGUUCAAAUGACGGAAAUCGAGGAGAUCUUGAACAGAGAUGAAUUGGUGGUAGGGCGCUCAGAAUUGUGCCACAAUCGCUGUCAAUACAGUGCCGAAGAGUUUGAAGCCAUGGCUCCCAUAAUGUACAAAAUGUACGAAAAUUUGAUUAACCAAGAUGAAUUUUCGAAAUUGGAUAAAAUCGGGCAGGACGCGGUUCGACAAGAAAUUCGGAACGGAGUCCUUGCUCAGUACGGGUUUGAUGUUGAAAAUGAGGGGGAAAACUAUGUCUUCGGGUCGGGGAAGAGGGCUUGGUUUUGCUAUGAUGUGUUUACUAUUGAAGGGGGGAAAACCGUGGGGGGAAGAUCGUAG